GUCCUCUUGUGAAGUUUCGAGCACAAUAGAGUUUGGGGGGUGUGGUGUUGGGCAGGGCAAAGGAUGUGGCUUAAUGUGGGACUGGACUUCACAGACUGAUGCUCCUCCCACCACCAAUGAAAUCUUUCCUUUUAACUUCACACACUGCCCCUGAGCACCACACAUGACACGCACACACACUGUGGCACACAAAAACAGACAACAGGGCCUAGACAAAAUCAGGAUAUGACAUCAUACACAGGAAGGAAAGCCAAGUAACUUUUCAGCUUGUUGUUUUUACUUUAUAGUGUAUUCUUAACUGAGUUUUGGAAGGAUAAGACCGGCUGAUGAGUGGGAAAGGGAAAGAGUCCUCACAAGACAAUUUGGAUUUGAACUGUUCCCUCUUGGAAAGAACAGGAGCCAGAGGAAUUCUUUUCAAGUUUCCCCACAACAUUCCAAGUGUCUACAGCGGGACUAAAGCCAAAUUCUUUAGAAACUACCUUAUCGGAUGGGACGAGGGACCAAGGAAUCAUAAAAGUGAACAUUCACAACUGUCCGGAUCCUGACGGGAUCUGACUCCUCCGCCACCCUGCUCAGUUCAGCAAUGGCUCUGUGCCUGGGUCAGGUUUUCAGCAAAGACAAAACAUUUCGGCCUCGAAAGCGUUUUGAACCUGGGACCCAGCGUUUUGAGCUGUACAAAAGAGCCCAAGCGUCUCUGAAAUCGGGCCUUGACCUGAGGAAAGUGGUGCAGCUGCCGGAUGGGGAGAACAUUAAUGACUGGAUAGCUGUGCACGUGGUGGAUUUCUUUAAUCGAAUCAACCUAAUCUACGGGACUGUGAGCGAGUUCUGCACUGAGAAGAGCUGUCCCAUCAUGUCUGGAGGGCCACGUUAUGAAUACAGAUGGCAGGAUGGGGAUCAAUACAAGAGGCCCACCAAACUGCCUGCUCUUAUAUACAUGAACCUCCUGAUGAACUGGAUCGAGUCACUCAUCAAUAAUGAGGACAUCUUUCCUACACGAGUAGGAGUCCCUUUUCCAAAGAACUUUCAGCAGGUGUGCAAAAAGAUUCUGAGUCGGUUGUUUCGGGUGUUUGUACAUGUGUACAUCCAUCACUUUGACAUGAUCUGUAGUAUGGGGGCUGAGGCUCACAUCAACACCUGCUACAAACACUACUAUUUCUUCAUCUCUGAGUUCAGCCUUAUCGACCACUCGGAGCUGGAGCCACUGAAAGAAAUGACGGAGAGGAUCUGCCAUUGAAAGAUGUGGAGAAUGGAUGUGCAUCCGAAAGCACAAAAAACUUCAAUCAUUAAGGCCAAAAUAAUAAUGUGCUUGAGGUCUGAUCUAAGAUCAGGCGAGGUCUGAGACUCUCAAAUGUGCUAAACUGCACUACAACUUUGCUUCAAUAUUUCUGAAAUACUAUGGGUCCAGAAAUUCAAUACAUGUCCCAGAGACAGUAAAUGUUUAAAUUAAAUAUCUCAGAUUGUGCAGUAUUGAUAUGAAAUGAUGCAUUGAUUGCUUCUGCAUACAGUUUUUAGCAUUUCACAAUGUGACUGUGAGACUUCUGCUGAGUUUGAGAUGUGACAUUGCUCUGUCGAGUAUGUAGCAGCGGAAGCAAUGUUAGUAUUAUUUUUAUUGAACCAGGGCAUGUGCAGUAAAAAAAACAGCAACUAUGGUGAAUGAUGAGGAAUAGCACUCCAGUAUUGUUCUUAUUUCAGGACAUUUUGUUCUGAAAAUGUGCUGUUUUUGCUUUUGUAUUUUUGCAUGCAAGUUAAAAAUAUAAACAUUUUAAAUUAC